CAUCACUUUACCGAGAACCAUCGAUCCGUCCAAGCGCGCCCGUUUCGCGAGGCAGAGCUAGCGCGUCGUCGUGCCGUGUCGUGGCUGUUAGCGUGCAGUGAUCCACACGAAAUCAUCCCGUGAAAAAAGUGAAAUCGAAUCCGAAGAUAAUUCCCAUACGUGCGUGUUUUUUUUUCUAUUGCUAUCCACGUGUGUGUGCGAUUGUAAAACAAAACAAUCGAACACACAUACAACGAAAGCGAACAAACGCGACGACACGGUACGCGGUGGUGGGCUGUGAAUGCAUCGCAGCAGCACUGUAGUGAAGUGAAGUGAGAAGAAGAGAGGAAGAAGCACGAAUCCACCUUUCGGCGGUUGUGUAUUGGAGGGAGACGAGGGUGACACGACGGACCCUUGAGGCGCAGCAUAAACGGAGGUGCGUCAUCAUCAUCACAGCUCUCGAUCCCGUCCAAACAGGCAAAAUGUUGAAGAACAAAGCAAGCGAGGAAAAGAUUGACACGCUGCUGUCCAAAAGCCAAAUACCGAUCAUCGAUCUCGCACACUGUGGAACGGAGGAAUGUCCCAUUCGAUCGGUAGUGAACCGUGUCGGCCAUCAGCUGCACAAGGCACUAGCCGAGAAAGGCAUCGCGCUGCUGGUGAACCAUGGGAUCUCGGAAGAAAAGAUGAAGCUCGCGUACGGUCACCUGGACGAUUUCUGCAAGCUCUCGGAUGGCACGAAGGAGACGUACCUGCGCCAGGGUGAAACGAACCACGGUUACAUCAAGCCGGGCCAGGAACGAUUCGAUGGCAAAUCGAAGGACCUGCGCCACACCUACAACAUCUGCACGCUGAAACCGGAAGAUGGUGCACUGCCGGAUGAGCCGCUGCCCGGCUUCCGGGAACACAUGUCCGAUUUGGCGACGGAUUUCAAGCGCCUGUCGGCGCUCCUGCUACAAGCACUGGCCGUCGGUAUGGAGCUACCGUACUCGUACUUUGUCGAGAAGCAUCGCCACAUACUGGACGGCGAGGGGGAGAACCAGUCCACAUUCCGCCUGCUCUACUAUCCGCCGCUGAUCGAGGACGAUGGAAAGAAUGAGUUGCUGCGGGGUACGUGCAAGUACAGCCAGCAGCGCUGUACCAAGGACGAGAUCGACCUAUCGCUCCCCGAGGACUAUCGUGCCCGGGUACGUGAGGAACAGGAAGCACUCGAGCAGCAGGAGCAGCAGGUGACACGUUGUGGGGCGCACGCCGAUUACGGAACCUUUACGCUGCUCGCCCAAGACUCGGAGGGGGGACUGGAGGUGAAGCUGCCUGGGACGGAUCGGUGGAAACGUGUUGGUCAUCUGCCCGGUGCGAUCCUCAUUAAUGCCGGUGAACUGUUGGCGACGUGGACAGGCGAAAAGAUCAGUGCGCUGCAGCACCGGGUGAUCAUACCGAGCGAAGAAUCGAUCCGUACCCGCGGUCGUCACUCGUUGGCAUUUUUCGUUCAUCCCGACAACUGCAUCUCGAUCACCCCGAUUGAUCUGCCCGCGUCUAGCUCGUCGAACUCGCUCGAUACGGACGAGAAGAAGGCUAAAGGGCGCAAAAAGUCCUUCAAAACGGCCAAAAACAAGAUCUACAAUGCAUACCAGCACGUGCAGCGACGCUUCAAGGAAACGUACGCUUCGUAGGUCGCCACCGGAAGCCAUCAUACUUGGCCGGACGGACGCUCCGGCCACCUGUCCGCCUGCCAACCAACCAACUAACCAAGCGACCAACCGACCAUCCAGCCCACAUCAAUCGCGCCCCCUCCGCCGUGUGCUGUGUAUUUAUGAGACUUAGCCCCAAUUUAUUCCACCACCAAUUUCUAUAUUUGUUUCCUUUCUCCUGGUGUAUUUUUUUUUUAAUGAAACAAUAUAAACUAGUGCUAAAAACCGA